AUGGCAGAAAUCACCGGCCUCCUUCUUGGCGUUGCUGCGCUGUGGGAAACGUGUGUGCAGAUCUAUGAUGCUGUCGACUCUGCGCGACACUACGGGCUCGAGUAUGAGCUUCUGGCGAUCAAGUUUGAAGUGGAGCGCGUGCGUCUGGUCUGCUGGGGCGAUGCAGUCGGCCUAGGCGGCAUCCAGCGACCUGCCGCAGACGAGAGCCAACCGCCUCCCGACGCGCGCCUGUCUCGAGACGAAAUACGGAGUGCUGUAUAUGCCAUUCUCGGCUGCAUCCAGCAUUGCUUCGACAACAUCGACCGACUGCACGAUCAGUAUGGCCUGCAGCCGGCGCAGCAACUCACACCGCAGGCCGAGGGCGCGCUCGCAGUGGUGCAGCAGUCGCGUGACUUGACCCGCGUCUUUAAACGAGCCUACGCAGGCAUACGCCGCAUGGCACAAGAGCGACAAGCAGGCACGACGAUCAAAGGCAAGACCCUGUGGGCCGUGCGUGACCGCAAGCGAUUUACCGUCUUGAUCACGGAGCUGCGGGGAUUCAACGACAGCUUAGAAAGCUUGUUUCCCGGCGCCAAGUCCCAAGUUACACAAGUCAUGACACACGACAUCAAUACCGCCGUGGAGAUCAAUGAUCUACAGCUUCUCCAGGAGGCCAUGGCCAGCGAUCACGGUGAUCUGUCCGAGCUGGCCAGCAUCCGCCUCGAAUCGCUGGGCGCCACGGUGUCGGCGCGGACCGAACUUAUCCCCAGGACGAACAGUGACCAUGACCCUAAGGCGGCAGAUGAAAGCAGAGAGCAAAAGGAUCCCAACACACAAGAACAAUCGGAGGCAAUAGCUUCCAGUGCAGAAGCGGGUCCGCCGGAGGCCGACGAGUGGACAUCCCGACUCAAGGACAUCCAGCUGUUCAUGGAAAAGAAGGCUUCUGGUGCACUGGUCACCGGCAUCUACUCUGGCUUUGCCCACGUCUCCGCGAACGUGCACUGGAGUGGUCGCAGUGAGAGAAUCUCUCGCUUUGAUGUGCAGGACAAGGGAAUAGCUUCGUCUGCUGUGCAUGACGCCUUCAAGUCCUACAAGAAAACCAAGUUUAUGAAAAAAGCGCGUCGCGAAUACGAAACCUUUGACGACGAAGACUACAUCCUCUUCGACACCGAGAGCCACAGCAACUACGAGAACAUCCAGCCGGGCACCGUGACAGUCGAAGGCUAUGGCCUGGAAUGCUGGGACUUUGAGAAAACAAGGGUGCGCGAGACCAUUUUGGUGAGCUAUGCACAGCUUCCUGUGCUUUCGGCGAGCACAAUCUUGCGACGGCUGCAUGAAGUGCAGGAAAACCGGAGCAAAUUCGGCUGGAACCCGACAGAGGAGGAGCUGAAUCUCAAAGACGUGGUUGGCCGCUCCGUGAACCGCGACAUCAUCGGCGACCUCUACAGCCUGCUGAAUCGCGACGACAUCUUUGCCGACUUCAAUACAACAUCCAGUGUCCAGCUCCACAGGGCCAUGGAACCCGACACAGAGGGCCAUCUUGGGCUCUGGGGAUUUCUACGGCAGAUCAUCGUCGCCUGGGAAUUGGAUGCUCGCCUCAAGAUCACCGACGACGCAUCCUCCCAUUCGGGAUUCACGCCCCGUGUCCUGGCGUCCUUGAUCGUGUCGGACCUGUGGCUCAAAAACGUCCAAAUUGUUCUCCAGGAUGCGAAUCCGGACUUCCGUGGUGUGAAACGGCCCCAGACAGAAGCAGAAAAGAACAAGGCGGACGAGCUGAAAAACAGGGGCAACGAGGCACUCAAAAACAACGAGUACCAGAAGGCGGCGGACUUGUACGGCGAGGCCAUUGCCAUUGACAACGCCAACGCCGUGUACCGCUGCAACAAUUCAGCCGCUCUGCUGAAGCUCAAAAAGCUGGAAGAAGCAGAGCACGAGGCGUACGCGGCGACCUGUUUCGACGCGACCUAUGCAAAGGCGUGGUCCCGCCUGGGCAUGACCUGGCUCGAAAUGGGCCGUGCCAAGCGGGCGAAGCUGGCCUACGAAAACGCCCUGGCGCUGGCAGGCAACGGCGCCUCCGUGAACAUGCGGGAGGGGCUCAAAGCCGCGCAGGACGACAUCACCCGCGCCAUCCGCGCCAUCAGCGACGAAAAAGACGAGGAAAAACAGCAUCUCUUGCGCAGCAAAUAUCUCGACCAGGACUGGGACAUCUUUGGCAAGACGGUGCAGCUGCAUUCGCUGGUGCACGAACGGCAGGUGGACGGCCUGCUGUUGUUUGCUCGGCGCAUGAAGUGGCCACACAUGGCAGAGGUGAGAGGCACCGCGGAGGACGUGUACAGCAAUAUGCGCGGCGGGGAGAUUAUCAACAUCCACCUGCACGACUGGCUGUACGGCAUGAUGCUGCCCGGCAAGUGGUUUGCGUUUACAAUUAUGGCCGCGCUGGUGCUCUGCACCCCGACGGUCAAGGCGCAGAUGGGCAUCAGCCCGGAUUUUGACUGCGGUGUGGUGCUGCCCAGCCGCUCGUAUUGGCGCGUGCGAACGGUGCUUGGCCGCGUGCUGGGCUGUCUCCCCGGCGUCGCAUCCCUCUGCGGCUGGAUUGGGCCGUGCCCCAAGGUCGCCUUCGUUCCGUCCAUGGCAGCGGACAAAGCUGACGUCAAGGCCGCCGUCAGUCCAUGCUAUGCCCAGAUCAAGGCCCGGCACAUUGCGUUGGCGACAAACAAUUCCGACAACAGCGCUGUCGCAGCCACUGCCGACGGAAUGCCGCAGAUGCGCCCUUCGGAGGAGAUGGAGCCGUAUAUGGCGGAAAUCCGCGACGCCAGCAACUGGAUUGUGCCGGAGCCGCCGGUCCGUGACAUGAGUACGUGCGAGACGACCGCCAUCGAACUAAAGGCCCUGCCGCUCGAGGCGGAAGCGGCGGAACGGGCAGCGCGCGGCGCGCUGGCCGACAAGGACGUGCUCAUGGAGACGGAGUACCGAGCCAGCAUCACGUUCACCAUCGACAACAACCAGGGCCCCGUGACGUACCGGCUCUACACAAACCCCGUCUUUGUCACCCCGCCGCCGUGCCGCGAUGGACCGCACCCCGUCCACCUGCGCGACCUGCCGAGCUUCCAGAAAAACAUCUGGUCCGCCGAGCAGCUCAAGGACCACACGGGCGACGACCUCGGGCCGGACGAUGUCCUGACGAUCAAUGCGACGGGCACAGGCGCGGAGGUCCUCGCGAGGGCCUGGUGCUCGGAGAACGGCAAAAGUGCCGUUGUUCGUCGAGCCAACGGGCCCUGUUUCGUAUGUGCUCUGCGUGCUGCUGGCCGCGGGGGUCUGGACAUUGGUGUUUUGAUAUGGGUAGAGUGA